AUGCCGCCGCAGCAAGAGGGCGAGACGGGCUACAUCAGCAAGCCGCUGCCGGGCGGCUGCGACGUGCCCCCGGUGCCGCCGCGGAGGGUCCGCAGCAGCCGGGCAGCGGCGCUGGGGGCCGCGCUGGGGAGCCGCUGCCGGGCCGGGGCGGGCGGCGGCGGCGGGACUGGCGGCGGCGGCGGAGCCGAGCCUCGCCGCAGCAUCAAGUGCGUGCUGGUGGGAGACGGCGCGGUGGGCAAGACCAGCCUGGUGGUGAGCUACACCACCAACGGCUACCCCACGGAGUACAUCCCCACCGCCUUCGACAAUUUCUCAGGUAAGGGGGCGGCGGAAGAGGGCUCCCCUCGGAGGCUGCCGAGGAAGCACUUCCCCUCGGGGCAGCAGGGUCGCGGCGAGGCGCCCCCACCAGCCUGCGAUCCGGCUGGGCAGGCGCGUUUCGCCCUCGGAGCGCCGCGUGGACUCUGGCUUCUCUUUCAAUCGCCGUCCAUUUCUAGCCUUGAGACUCAAAAAGGGGGCGGCUCCCCUCCUUGGGAAGUUCGCGAGGAAGAGCUGCGUUGCUCUUUGAGCUCCAGGUGGAUGCAGGUAGAAAGGAGGGGCCGAAAGAGGAUCCCCCCUCCUCCACGUCCGAAUAUAUUGGGAAAGGAUCAGUCUUAUGGUCAGGGGACCAAACGGGUUAGAUUAAGCCUCUUUCCUCGGGAGGAUCGUCUAAUAGAGAAAGCAGCUCCGAGAGAUACGUGGAAAAGAAACUCUUCUUUCUUUUUUUUUCGCAUGCCCGUUCCAGAGGGCCCGAACUGAAGAAGUGCCCCCCCAUUAACCGAAUUAUUCGUAUUUAGUUGUAUAUAACACGCGCCGUUUAAAAUGCAGGCGUGCUGUGCUUCCUCUGGAAUACGCCCCCUCUUUUUUUGCAAGGUUGAAAGGCUCUUACAAAUCUUGACCUGGACUUCGAAACAACCGAGGUCAAGGGUGAUUGUAACUCAGCGGUGCAACAUUGACUUUUCACGCAGAGGGUCCCUGAUUCAAUCUCUUAAGGCCCAGAUAGGCCCACAUUUGACAUUCUGGAGACCCGCAGCUGGCUGGAGCAAUGGUCUGACUCUGUACAAGCGAUUUUUACUUGGAGUUAAGUUCCACUGUGUUAAAUGAGGCUGACACAUGCAUACGCCUUAAUGUACUUGUUUGCUUCUGAGUUUUGAAGCCUCCACCAUUUACAACAGUAUUUUCCAUGCCGUUUCCAGCUGUGAGGGUUAGGAACUUGGUAACAACUAAAAACAGGAUUCUUUGAGUUCUAACUAGUUCUUAUGGGGGCAACCUGUAGUGGGUGGGUGUAUAUAUAAACAUGCCUUUCUAUGGCAGAUAUUCAUAUUUCAGGGCAAAGUACUUUUAUUGCCAAGGGCUCCUGUGGGUCUGAUUUACCCCGGGCUCAGGCGCUAUGCUGAGUGUGCUGUGCCCACACAGAUAAUUCUGUUCUUUAUUUUCCCAAAACGUCACACUUUCCUAUCAUCUUGCAAAUCCUCUUGGCUGUCUCAUAAUCCUUAUCCCUUUAGUUAGGUUCAGAAGGGGGAAACGUAAGCCCUUGUCCAGUCCCCUCCCCCACCUUCUAUUAGUUUAAAUCUCCAUUGAUUUUCGGGGGGGGGGGGGCAGGGAACAGCGUGGAGAGAUGGCUUUCUGCGGUUUGCCGUGUGAAUUGUUGUAAUUAAAUAGCCCCUGUCAAUCUUCCCAGUUUUUAAUAAGGUUUCUGGGUGUUGAGUGGAAGCUGCUGGGUCAUCAGUCCUGGCUUAACUCCUUCGGGGAUAGAUACGAAUCUGGGAGCUGCUUCACAUUUUUACAGAAAAGAGGUGUCCCCGUGCAUUUCUGUGCUGGCUGUGUCUCUUCUCCAACAUCUGAAGGGCAUUUUCAUGUCUGGGAACAUGUGAUAAACACGCACCUACUGUUGGGAGUUUCAGUCAUAUGUGGUUUGUGUAUGUACACUGUCCAGAUAUUCAAAUGCCCUUCACACAGAAAACACACUGCUGACCUGCUGUGGAAAUGCUGGGGUCUUCUUCGUUGUUUGCCGCUGUAUUGUGGCCUUUGUCCUUUGUGGUGAAACAUUCUCAUUUUGAAGAACAGGCUCUUACAACCUCAUGUCACCAAAGGUGCUCUCCCUGUCCUUUGCACCAGCUUAGACCUGAGCAACCCAGCCCUCUGCAGCAGGUAUACUUGGGAGUAAGUUCCAUAGAGUUCAAAGGGAGUUAGGUGUGCUCAGCUGCUUCCACAGCAGUACAGUUUAGAGACUUUAGAGAGCCACUCCUUCCUGGAGCACGUUACUGCCUCACAUUAAACUGUAAGCGGUUUUGCUUUGCAGCAAGCAAAUACCUGAAGGGCACAGUUUUUCUGCAGUAUUGAAAAUUGAUGUAGCAAAAGAAAGUGACAAAAGCAAUAAAUCUGCAACCAUUUUGGGGGAGGGGAUUAAACCAAGCAAAGCCCACCCCCUCAAUUAAAAAAUAGCAUAUUGUGCUUAAACAGGGAAGCGAUGGUAACAAUGGCCUGUGAUUACACGUGGUUCUUUAUCAAGCUAGUUCUUUUCUGAGGGUGGAAUUAUAAAUCCUCUAGUCAGAGCUGAAAGGGAUGCAAAAAGAGCAGCAGCUUCGCAAGGGAUGUGUCAAUAUUUGCAUUGUCUUUUCUGCUUUAAAGCAACGAGGGGUUGGGGCCUCCUUUGUGCCAGGACUUUGGGGGGGGGGCGAGAAGUGACAAGAAAAUCAAUCCUCAAGCAAGUUGAAGGGAAUGGGAUACAAAACUGCCUGAGUGUUUGGGGACAGCUCUCUUCUUUCUUUUGCAUCAUUCAGUGAUUUUGCUACUUAGCCCAUUGGGAGUGUACCAAAUUUUUAAAGUCCUGAAGGGCUUGGGUAGGCCUCAGAGUUGGGACUGAGGCGGCUUUUGAGCUCCUUAAAUCACAACCGGUUCAAAUAAAUACGAGGAAACACCUACCGGUAAUUCUUCAUGAGUGGAUGAAAGUUUCACUGACUCUUCCCUCCCCUUCCAUUUCAGCUGUUGUAUCCGUUGAUGGCCGGCCAGUGAGGCUCCAGCUCUGUGACACAGCUGGCCAGGUCAGUAAAACUACUUACUUACUUGAGUGGAAGGGUGGCCUAACCUGGGGCAGAGGGAGGAAAGGGGAGGAAGAAAGAGCUAAGACCCUUUUUGGGUGGCGUGGUGUGGGCUCUGCAUUGUCACUUCUUCUCAGGCUGCUUCCCUGGGUGACAUGAGAAGGCUGGGAGGAGGCAGCAGGAGCCCAAAGGCAGGUCCUCCCCACACCGGGAGUAUCCCAGCUUCCCCAGGCUUGAUGCUUUGUGUGGGGAAGGGCUGCAGCAUGGCCUUGUCCCAGGUGGCUUCUCAGUUACCUUGAGGGCAUGGGAAGGAGCAGCCCUGCAACAGCUCCCUUGUUGCCAGAGUAAUGUGAGUAACAGGACUACAUAGGAAGGACCGGCUACUGUGGGAGGAGAAAUACUUCCUGCUUUGAUUUGCGGUAGGAGUAUUCUUCUGUUGUGCAAAGGUGGGUGGUGAUGAGUCACCCACGUGUGAAACAAAAGCACAUGUUUACAUGUGAAUUUGCAAGCAGCCCACUACCUGAUUUGCAAUGGAUGGCUCAAAAAGACAAAAAUAUGCUGCACUACACAUUGUGACGCAUGGGAGUUUUCCCUUUACAAGCUCUCUGAGUGCAUUUUCAUAGAGUGGUUGCUUCUAACACACAAUGCAUAUGGGGACUUCCUGUUUCCUGCUGGCUGAUACUGGGUAAUCCAGCAGUUGGCAGCAUAUGAGCUGUGGGCACCUAGUGGCUGUCUACUCCAUCUUGUUGUGGAGGGCCUUUUGGAGCCAUGAUUGCUCGUGACAUCUUUGUCCUAGAUCCAUUGUUCCCGUGGCCUGUUAGCUGUAGAUAAGAGAUGGAAAAAGAGCCUCGAUAAUCUAGGGCUUUCUUUCGCCCUCCUAAUUCAUCUCAAUCUCUGAAUCCGCUCCUCAAUUCUACUCCUUGUGGGAACGCAUUCCAGUUUUAAGCAACACAAUGACAUCAAUGCGACAAUUACUAUGAGGACAUGCAAACAAGCUCUAAUUGUGCAAAUAUUUGUAACCGCGGCCCACAGCUUCAGUGCGGUACAGCAUGCUUCAGUUCAAACUCUGCCUCCGAAGCUAAGUGACAGGAGUCUUUGGCUCUAGCCUUGCUUCCUAAGGGGCUUAAAUCUGGAAAACAAAUGAGCUCAUGAACCCAGUGUCCCUGACUCUUGCCCUGUAAACCUCAGUCUUCUUUUGCAAGUACUCCUGAAAAGAAGUGUAUUCAAGUGGAAGGGGGCUUGUAGUAAUUUCUUUAGAUGUAUUUUGAAGAACUGCACGUCUGUGUUCCUUCAAAAAUGUUCUAAGUAAGAACCUCUGACCCCUUGCAAGUUAAGAUGCAUGUUUCAGUUUGGCAACAAAACAUUGGCACUGGAGGUGCAUCUCGGACUGUGUUUGCUCUUCGCUCUUCUUAAUUUAAAACCCCUGGAAGCAUGCUGUAUUUUAAUUAAAAUGCUACCACAACUGAGGCGAAUUGUAUUGGUUUGGGAGGCCGGUGAUGUUGUGCUUUUGUCCUGUCAGCAAGAAGGAAAGGUUGGGUGCAGGCAAGGAGUUGGUUUGCUUCCCCCAGCUGCAGCUCUUGAAGCCUCUGGGCCUAAUAAAAGAUUUGGUUAGCCAGUAAGUGUAGUGGUGUUUUUCCCCGUGUGUGUGUGUGUUGCAAACAUUCUCGGCAUGAGGCCUCAAUCCAGAUCAGGAGUCCUUUUUAUGGGGUUCUGAAUCAGGACAGGGAAUGAAGGAUUUUUUAAAAAAUCAAACCCACACUAGGAUCUAGAACAGUCCCACUGGCAAUUUUUUUAAAAACAUACACAAAACCCUACACUUAAACAAAAUAAAAAAAUUCCUUCCAGUAGCACCUUAUAGACUAAUUAAGUUUGUUAUUGGUAUGAAUUUUUGUGUGCAUGCACACUUCACACGAAAGCUCAUACCAAUAACAAACUUAGUUGGUCUCUAAGGUGCUACUGGAAGGAUUUUUUUUAUUUUGUUUCGACUACGGCAGACCAACAUGGCUACCUACCUGUAACCCUACACUUAAAGACACAGCUGCAUAACUAAGCUGAUUUUCAUGAGUGGUAUGUGGCAACUUUCCUCCCAACGAUUAUAUUUUCAUGUAAGAGUUAGUCGAAUCUUUAGUGGUGCAGAAGUGACAUAUACUGCCGUGAUCUGAAACAGGAUCUGGAAGGUCGCUCCUUUGUUAGGCUCUCCCUGCAACAGACUAUAAACUGCGAAGGACCAGAACACUCUGAUCAUCACACAGGAUCCACAAAUCAGAAAAUCAUACCCCAUGGCAAAAUCAGUUUUGCUGCAUAGAAAGAGCUACAAAAGGGCACAUAGCAUGGAGGUUGAGUGGGGAGGGAGGCAGCACAUUGGGAAAUGUGAAUGUAAAGGUGUUCUUUAUUCAUGGCACCAGAAGUGUGUCAAGUGUAGAUCAUGAAAAUUGGAUGACAACAAUAAAUAUGAACCUAGAACAGCAGGCCUCUGAAGGGCUAUAUUAAAUCAUGAAUCCUUCCAGAGGAACACGUUAUAUGACAGUGUGGUGCUAAAUCCCUCGCACCUUCCUGUAUCAAGCUUUGCCUGGAUUUAGUGUGAAAUCUCUCAUCAACUGUGUCUUGAUCAUCUGAAUUCCUCAGUUGUCCAGAUCCAUUGCUUUCCCCUGCUCAGUCAAUAUACCAUUCGGAUAAACCAAAUCAAAAUAAGAAACACAUUGAAAUAGGAAGCAAGCAAACAAUAUUCAGGGUCUGUUCACGUUACCACUCACUCUGCAUGCAGUGCUAUCUUACUGCUGGCUUUAGAAGCUGCAUUCAUAGGACCAUUAGACACAAACCAUAUUGAUCUUGUAAGUUAAUUGACAAACACUGCUGCUUGAUGUGUUCUUUUCCUCAAACCAGCUUCCAUACAACUAGAAAACUGGAUGCAGAGUAAGUGCCAAUGUGAACAUGCCCUAGCAGCCAUCGUGCAUAUCGUGCAUGUGCAGGAGAGAGAGCUUAAUGAAUAAGAGUUCUGGGGACAGGGGGAGGCAGUUGUGGGGGCAAGGAAACAAAAAGACAUAGUGCAUGUUGGGUGGAGGCAUCCCUGCCGUCUUUCUGAUGUGAACAAAACCAUGCGAAUAGGGCUUAAAAUGCAGGUUGGUGGGGGAAUUACCUCCCUGUAUUUCAAGCUGCGAAUGUAAACGUAGACUGCAUUGCAUAAUGCUGAAAGAGGUCAAAAGGCGCUCUUCUAGACUAUGCAAAGCAUUCUGGCACAGGCCAGCCUGAUCCAUCCAUACCACAGCCUCAGCCCAAGCUGAGAGUAGGUACCCACAGAGCAAGGAAGCCUGGGAUUACUCAGACAAGGUUCCAAGCCCCGUAGCAGGAAGCAGCCUGUUUACAAAUUUAGUGUUAAUAGAUAACCUGAUUGACUAGGGGAGUCCUAAACAAAAAAACCCCAUCCACACUGUUCCCAUAUUCGGGGGAAGGGGGCAGCAAGCCCUUCCUAACACCACAGAGCCCAAAGGACCAGGACAAAUAGCCAGAAAUACCUGUGCAGCUGUCUUUUGAACUUUGAACUCUUACUUCCCCAGAAUAUUCCUGAGUGUUUUACACUUCUCCGAAUUAAGUGUUACUCUAAUAUCAAUUUGAAGACUGUGGUUGCAAAAUUGGUACAACACAGUUAGGUUGGAAAUCAGAUCACUGUGCUACUUUCUGUGGGACGUCUGCAGCAUCUUAAAGUAAAUAAGUCAAGAUCUUUUAGUUUCUGCUUACGGGAGAAAUUCCCCAUUUCUUUCCUGUAGUAGUUCCUUGUAGCUGGUUUACUCUGAGCUAAACCUAAUUAACCAUUGGUGAGAAUCUUAUCAAUGGGCUUAAGCAGAGGUACAAAAACCCAGUCUCUUGGUAUGCACUGGAGCCCGAAAACUGCCCACUGACACCUGGUGAGGUUCAGAGUUCAAGAAGUGCUGCUGUUAUUCACUUCGGUCCCUAGAAAAUCUCACUGUCUCAUGUUUUGGGGCAAAGUCACUUCUAGUUUAAAUUUACCUAACUCUUUGUGGCCAAGUAUGUCAGAUUGGAUCUCUGCAUUGCCUCAUGCAUCUGAGAACUGCCUUUUCCCUUUUACAACUGCUCACACUGGCAGUUCAUAGCCAUCUUGUGAUUAGACAAGAUCCAGAGAUCAGGUUCUGCAUGACUCUUUUCCAGCUGCCAAAUCUCCAGGUGGCAAUUUUCUUUCCUUUUGCUUAGGUUUGUGUUAAUUCCAUUUAUUUCCCUUUGUGUUGCACCAGUUCAGGUGGCUAUCCCAUUCAUCCUGCAUGAGUUCUCAUCAAUCCAUCUGGUAUUUACAGUGCCUCCUAAGUUAGUGCCAUCUGCAAGUUUCAUCUACGUGCUCCCACUUCCCUUCCAGGGUCACUAAUGAAAAUAGUUAUAUGAAACAAAACCCAAUAGUAAUCUCUGAGGAAUUCCACUAGGAAAGGGGUAAAAGCUGUCUUUUUAGCAAAGCCUUUCCUUUGGUUCAAUUCAGUUUCCCAUUUGCUUGUCAGUUUUUGCCGGAUGCGUGGCCUGCCUUUAUUGCAUCAUCACUCCUGUAUGGCUAUGCAUUCAGCAGAAUCAUCUGGGACAGCCUUAUAGGACCCUGCCACUUCCUAAUGCAGGAGGUGGAUCAUAAAAAGGACAUGUCCCAUGUCAAAAACUCCUUUGCUUGUCAGGGGAAUGUGGAGGCUAGCCUAGUCUUUGCCCUGAUUUGCUGGGUUUAUGAGGAUUUUUAAAAAUGGGGUAGCAUUCAAACAUGCAAUCCCUUGCAGUAUCAUACAGUGGGUGCAGUCCCAGGAGAGCUAUAUCCCAGCAUUUCCCUGAAAGCUCUGAUCUGUAAAUUCAGCUGCAGCCCUAUUUAGAAGUUGCAAAGAAGGGGAAGAGGCAACAGAGAGGAUGUAGGGUUUGUGCAGGAAUUCCUAGGUAUGUGGGGUGAUUUCUUAAGCAGUUGGGGAGUUGGAGCAAAACUCUCCCUCACCUUGAACCAUGGAACUUUGAAAGGCUUUUUGUGGCUGAGCAAACGGUCUCUCAACAUUCACGCUUCUUUUCCCCAUUUUCCCCCAGGAUGAAUUUGACAAGCUCCGGCCCCUGUGCUACACCAACACAGACAUCUUCCUGCUGUGCUUCAGCGUGGUGAGCCCUUCCUCUUUCCAGAACGUGAACGAGAAGUGGGUUCCUGAAAUCCGAUGCCACUGCCCCAAAGCACCCAUUAUCCUCGUUGGGACACAAUCGGACCUCCGGGAGGACGUCAAGGUCCUCAUUGAGCUGGACAAAUGCAAAGAGAAGCCCGUGGCGGAGGAGGCCGCGAGGCUCUGUGCCGAGGAAAUAAAAGCCGCCUCUUACAUCGAGUGCUCCGCUUUGACUCAGAAAAACCUCAAAGAAGUCUUUGAUGCAGCCAUUGUUGCUGGCAUUCAGUACUCGGAUACUCAGCAGCAGCCAAAGAAAUCGAAAAGCCGGACUCCAGACAAAAUGAAAAACCUCUCCAAAUCCUGGUGGAAAAAGUAUUGCUGUUUUGUAUAG